AUGCCCAGAUACAACAUGAACGGGAACCACCUCUUCCCGCCCAACCUGGCGGGCUUCGCCACGCCAGAGGACCAGACAAAGGACGAGAUCAUCGCCGAGCUUAGGCGCAGGAUCGAGGAGAUGUCGACGUCGGGCAGCAGCGCGGCCUCGAGCGUCGGCGACAGCUCGCAGAGCUGCGCGGGUGGCGGCGGCGGCGGCAGCAGCAGGCGGAGCAGGAGGCGGCGGAACCGGAACAAGGGGGCUCUCAUGACGACGACGACGGCGACGCCGCUUCAGCAGCAACAAGAAGAAGCACAAUACCAACAACAACAACAACAUCAGCAGAACAGGUACCAGCAAAACAGGAGUUCAAACAGAAACGGCGCACACAGCACCUACCGUAGCAGCGCGAGCAACGCGACAGAGGAGAUACCGCGCCCGACGGAGAGGAGAAAGGUCCCCAAGCUCCAGCUGGGCCUGAACCUGGACCUCGAGCUGGAGCUCAAGGCGCGCAUUGAUGGAAACGUGACAUUGUGUCUGCUAGUCGAACAAGAAGAAACACCCCGACCACCGUCCUCCAUCGAGCUCCCACGACCUCCGGGCCGCUUGGUCGAGGGCGCCACCGUCUCCACGGAGCUGUACCACAUGCGCAUCGGCCGUCUGCGUCUCGGCAGGCGCUGGAUCGAGCGCGACGUCAGCGCUUCGCUCACGGCCACUGCCGUGGCCGCUGUUGCGGCUGCGGGUUUUGCGCUCGGUUUGUUGGUCGCCGCGGCGGCGAGGCUGUGA